AACAAAAAAAAAACAAAAAGCGGAACGGGCUAAAGCAGCGUAGCAACGGGCGCCGAGGUCAGACUUCCACCCAGACUUCCAGACUCCAGAGGCGAGGGCUUCCCAAUGGGCAACAUCGCGAGCAGCGGCGGCGCUAGCCCACGUCCGCCGCCGCCGCAUCUCGAAGCCUAUAGACACGGGGUGCCGCCCCCGUACUACCACAGCUACCCUCGUCCGCCCCCCGGCGCCGCCGCGCCGCCGCCGGUGCCGGUGCCUGCGCACGUGGAGCGGCACAGGGCCGUGGCGGUCAGCGUCGGCGUCAACGUCAAGGGGGACACCCUGCGGCUGGUGCCCGACGACGACGACGACGAUGGCCGCAGCCUACUCCUCGCCUUCUCCUUCGACGCCGAUGGCCCCGGAAGCAUAACUGUCUGCUUCUUUGCACAAGAAGAUAAGUGUGCCUUGAAGACCGCAAAGGAAAAUUUGCUUCAACCUGUGACCGUGCCUUUUAAGGAAGGUCGAGGUCAGGAGUUCAAGCAACCAAGUGGGUCGGGAAUCGAUGUCUCUCGUUUUGAGGAAUCUGAGCUAACUAAUGUUGGGGAAGGUGGUGUAUUCCCUGUAGCAUUCAAAGUACAAAUGGAUGUGUCAGGCAACCAAGAAUCAGAAGGGGCACAUGAGACCGAACAAUCGAAAUAUCUUGUUAAAUAUGCUAUAUUUGUGAAGAAAGACAAUGCUGAAUAUGGAGUUCAUGUUGUGCAGCAGAUCCUUUGGGUAAAUGGAAUCAGAUAUGUCUUGCAGGAAAUAUAUGGUAUUGGGAACACAGCUGAUAAGAAUGCUCAUGAGGAUGAUUCCGGGAAAGAAUGUGUGGUUUGCCUUUCUGAACCAAGAGAUACUGCUGUUCUUCCAUGCAGGCAUAUGUGCCUGUGCAGGGAGUGUGCUCAAGUUUUAAAAUAUCAGACCAACAAAUGCCCAAUAUGCAGGCAACCUGUUGAGGGCCUUCGCGAGAUAGAGGUUGAUAACAAACCGAUUCCCCAACAAGGAUCUCAGCAGUUAACAGCACCUCAAUAAAGUCUCAUCUGAUUGCAAGCAAACUACCUGUACAUGUGUCAUGUGUAUAUAAAAGGUCUGUGCUUUCGGGAAGGGGAAAUCGGAAGUUACCUGGUAGCAACAAAGCUGUUUCUGAUAUUUUGUUAAAGGAUGAACCUACUGGGAUUUAAUUGUCUACGUUUGGACCACCAAACUCGACUUAUUACUUGGAAAAGACACUAUUUUAGAUUGUAUGGUUCAAGCCUUUUGCAGGGGACAAUCGUUUUCUUGUUCUAAUUUAGUUACUCAUCCAUCACUUUGAUGUGUUUAAGAGCAUACGAUGUGUUCUUUCUAGUGGAUGCACUUAUUGUUCUAUGAUGUCACCAAUUGGAAGUUUUUCCUCCAA